AUGAAGACAUUAAGCCUCGUGAUAUGUGCAUUGUGCAUUUGUUACGGGCAGACUCUUGGUGCGGAGAAGAUUCCAGAAGACGCACAGAAUGCAAUUGCAAUUGAUGCAGAUGCAGGGACAAACACCACUUAUGCACAUUGGACAUUUGACAAAUCACUAGCAACACUUUAUAAUGAAACAGAGCAGGAAGAAGCUCGGCGAAACGGCAAUAUGACGUCCCCGGAGUCCCGCAAGCUUCACAUUGCAUUUACUGUGGACUAUUUCCCAGGGUACAUUGAGCGGAAGAGGCAAAGGCAGUAUGAAAUGUUGAGUGAGGCGAAAAAAACAGCACUUUUAAGCCUUGAGAGGUGUGCGGAUGCCUCUGAUGACAUGCAAUCCCUCGAGUGCUCGUCUGCACUCGGCGAAAUAUACCUAUACGGGAACCUUUCUGUUCCGCAGGUGCCAAAGAAGGCGGUCCACUACCUCGAAAAAGCUACAAAACACGCUUUGGGUGUUGAUGAAGAGGCAAAUGCUAAAAUUUCGCAUGCCCACUAUCUUCUCGGCUUUGUUUACUCAACAGGGUUGUUUGGAGAGCUUCCGGUUGAGCAGGGCAAGGCUUUGUUACACUACAAUAUUGCAGCAGAUGAGGGAGAUAUACGUGCAGCUAUGUGUUUGGGAUAUCGGUACUUUAGCGGUAAGUCGGUGAAGAAAGAUGAGGGAAUGGCGUUUUAUUACUAUUCGCGUGUUGCCCGAUGGAGCUAUGAUAUUUUGCGGGGUGUGGGGAGAGAGAAGAAAAAGAAAAAUAGUGAAGAGGUGAAGAAUGAAAUGGCGAAUGAGGAGAUGAAGAAUGAGAUGGGGAAUGAAAAGAUAAAGAAUGAGAUAAAGAAUGAGAUAAAGAAUGAAGAGAUGAAGAAUGGAAUGAAGAAUGAAGAUAGCAUCAAUGAAGAUACAAAGAAUACAAUUAACGAGAAUAAGAAGAAAGAAAAUAAAUACAUAAAUACAGACACUGACGAAUUGCAUUCUAAAAUAAAUAAAAACAUCAACCUCCAAAACGCAUAUGACGACUGGGUGCUCGCACCAAAUACGGAAAGUUUUGCGAUGCACUUGAGCGAUUUUAGUGAUGGCAUGUACGGCAAGUGGGCAAGCGAGGCGAAUCCAAAACCUGCCGCGAUGGGCACAGAAAGCGGUGCAGGGAUGUACAGUGGGCAACAACAAGAGCAGCAACAGGCAGCAGCAGGAAUUGGAUAUGCAGGAAGUGGGUUUGAAUUUUUCGCGGAUGGCGAGGACGACCCGAAAAUGCAGCGGGUCAGCGAGUUGUACAGCCGGUACCGGAGCUACUACAAGGGUGGGAUGCUUUCGCGGCCGAGAAACUACACGCGGGCAUUUGAAAAUGCGAAGGAGUGCGCGCGGGAGAGUCUUGAGUUACCGCUAGUGCGGUACGUGAUGGGUGGGCAGCCCGCGGAAGGCGGCCCGGAAAUCGAGGUGGCCUGGAAAUGCACCUAUGCGGUGGGCCACAUGCUUCUGCGCGGGGAGGGCGUGAGCCAGGACUUCGUGCGGGCACGGAAGUGGCUACGGACGGCGUGGGCGUUGUGCGGGCGGCGGGAUGCAGCGGUCGGGGCCGAUCUCGGCCUUCUGUACCAGUACGGGCUCGGGAUGUCCGAAACCGGUGCCGACGUGGUACGGGCUGGGAAGAUCUACCAGGCGUUUGCGGCCGGCGCAGCAACCCCUGCGAUCGAGUACCAGUGGGGGCGGCUUUUAGCACGGGGCGGCGACCCUGUGGCGGGCUGGCGCCUCAUGACGCUCGCCGGCUACCAGGGGUACCUCCCUGCGCUAUGGGCCGUGGUGGAUGCGUACGAAUCGGGCAAUGCGCCAGGGGUAGAUGCGGCGCUGGCCCUCCGCUACGCGAAGCGGUUCUGUGAGUCGGCGGAGGCGCUCGUGACGGACCUGCGCUGGGCGUUCCGCGCAAUCACGCACGGCGACAACACGGGUGCGCUGAUGGCGUACGGGCAAGCGGCCGAGGAGGGAUUCGAGAGCGCGCAGGCCUCCGUCGCGUACAUGCUGUACCCAUCGACGGCGCACCUCGACACGCCGCCCGAUGUGCCCCCGGGCCGGUUCCUGGCGGCUGCGGAUCUCUACGGGGAGUCUGCGCGCCAGGGUAACCUGGACUCGCUGGUUUUCCUCGGCGACCUGCACGCCCGCGGCCUGCGCGCCUCGUCGGGCAACGUUUCCGCUAGCCCGGACCGCGCAGUCAGCCUCUACCGGGAGGCCGCCGGAAAGGGAUCGCACCAGGCCUCGUACAAUCUCGGGCUCGCAUACGAGUCCGGACUCGGAGUUCCCCUCGACUUGUACCUCGCCAAGAGAUAUUACGACAAGGCACUCCGUCUUUUGCCCGAUGCGUACCUCCCCGUGCAGCUGGCCCUUUUCCGACUUCGGCUUAAGCUGUGGUGGUUCCGGUUCACGGGUGUCAGCUCGGGCUCCUCGCAGGAGCAGGAGGGCCUCCCGCGGCGCACCUGGCACGAGCUGCUGGGCUUGUACCGACGGCUCCGGCAGCACCAGGUGCCCUUUUCCGAAAUAAACGUGGGGGUCGACGGGGCUCUGCGGGGAGGCGAGGUGCGAGAAAAUCUCGGUGAGAAUUUGGGGGGCGAGUUGGCCGCGAACGUGGGCGAAAAUUUGGGUGACCAGCUGGGGGAUGAGGACGUUGUUGGAAAAGAGGAUCUUAUAUUUUCAGGAAUUUUUUUGGCCUUCAUCACGUUUACUAUAGUUGCUCGCUGGAGGGCACAGAGGCGGAGAAAUGGGGAAAAUGGAGAUGGAGAUGGGAACGAAAAUGGAAACCAAAAUCCUAACCAAAAUCCUAACCAAAAUCCUAACCAAAAUCCUAACCAAAAUCCUAACCCCCCUGCUUUCCAAUUCAACUUCAUGGUCAUCCCCUUGUAG